GUUGUAAAAGCAAUAAAAUGUAAAUAAUAAUGAUAAUAUGGGUAGAUUUUUAUUGAUAAACAUAAUUUUUGAGCAUUAUCUACAAAAACAGAACACGAAGAUUUUUUUUUGUCGCACUAAAUGUUUUAUUAUCAGGAUAUUAAUAUGAAGGCGACCUAUAAAAAGAACUGCUUUCGUAGUUUACUUCUUAUUACUUCUCUAACAAAUGUAAUGAUGCAAUACUCUUACCCUGCUCGUAAGUCAUCGAAAUAUUCUUUCACUGUUUAUAAAGAUAGAAAAAUAGACGACAGUUCAAAUACCAUUGAAACUCAUGCAGAUUUCAAGGAAUGUAUUACUUCCUGCUAUAACAAAAAAGAGAACUGUAAAUCAAUAGAUGUCAAAAUUGAGGAUAACAUUACAUUAAUUUGUCGAUUUUUUAAAAAUGAUUUUCCAAAAACAAAGGAAGCUGAAGGAUUUCUGUUUAUAUUGGCAAAACCGCCGAAUUGUUCUUUAAGCUGCAGUUUAGCAACAAACACUUGUGGAAAAUGUGACUGCAAUCCAUCUUGUGCUGCAAGAAAUCGACGUCAGCAUUUAUGUAACUGUACAAAUGUAGCAGGUGUAGCAAAGAAUUGCCAGGAACAUUACAAUAAUGGUUUUAAUAAAACUGGAGUUUAUCAAAUUAACCCUAAUGGUUCUACAUUUGAGGUUGUGUGUGAAAUGGGAAAAGUUGAACAGCAAAAUCCUAAAGCAACAAACCCAAUAUGCAAUACAUUACAAUCAAAUUUGCAGUUAGGAUUUAAUAAUUUGGUAUCGUAUUGUGUUGUAACAUGUGCAAAAUACCCUCAGAUUAAUACUUUGUUUUUUCUGUACUAUUGAACCAUCUUCAAAAAGUUGCACAUUAUCAAAAGUAUAUUAUGGUAGUUACAUAUACUUUGAUACUUAUAUUUAUAUUGGAUACAUUUCAUGGAGCUUGUGUGUCAGUUUUUGUGUGGAUUAUCAGGAAAAAAAUC